AUGCAUCGUUUCAGAAAAAAGGCGGAUUUGAAGAAACAACGUCCAAACCAGUUGAACGAGAAUACAGAAGGUGAUGGUACUCAACCGUCUCCCCUUGCGAGUACGUCUUACACUGAACUUCCCGCUGACUUUCGAACUUCACUCAUCCUACCUCAGCUAACAAAAAGGUUUAGCGUUUUACGCAAAGGUGAAAUCGCCUCCCCCGCUAAUAAUAGUGUGGUUAAAAAUAUUAUUGCUGAAAAUGUUUCGAUCGCUGACACUGGGACGGCGGUGAUCAAAGGUGGUGACGAUAAUCCGAUAGUGGCUGAUGGCAUUAAUAAUAAUAGUAUUGCGGUGGGCGUCUCGCGGAAGCAAUCAUCGAAUGGCAGUUCUAACACAAAUUCAGGUCAAUCGCUGUCGAGCAACAUUUUCGACGACGAUGUUUCAACGUCCAACUCCUUGUCUUCCUUAUCCUCAACUUCUACUUCCGUACACACGUCACUCCCAAAUUCUCUUAUGAUCAAUGAUAGCAACAAUGUUCAAGAAAUAUCUAGCGCCAGAAAAUUCUAUGGUGCUACCAUAACUUCUAGUGUUAUAUAUCAACCAUAUUCAAAGCGAUCUUCCCGGCAUGAUUCUUCGCAACCGUUAACCUCUUCACAACCAUCAUACGUAAUUAAGAGUGCCAAUGAAUCGAAUGUCCGAAUUGUAAAUAACGAUGGUGAAAUUGAUGGCAAUAAUGAUGACAAUGAUGAUCAAAAAGGCGACACCUUCACGAAUCCGUCGACAAUGUCGAAUGUAGAAAGUCGCGUUAAUGAACUCGACGAUAAUUCCGGUAACCGAAUAUCGAUAUCGGAUAAUCUGGCAAAGUAUACUCCCCUUCCCUCACUUCGACUAUCCGGCGAUUAUUUGAAUCAAACUCUCAAAGAUCCUAAUUAUGAUGGUGACAAAUCAAACACACCAUCGCGUGCUUCAUUGACAAAAUUUCUUACCAAUGGUGACGGCGAUGGUACCUACCCUCCACCUUCCCCUCGUUCCCCGCUGGAUAAAUUGUCAGACGGAUUGAGAAAUCUCUCAUUACAGUCAUUGGUCGAAUCGACUUUGAUUGAUGACGAAAACUCUUCACAGCUCACCUUCAAUUUCACACCAGAACCUCCUUCACCACAACAAACCACAACUAUCGAUGAUGUGUCAAACUCGGUCUCCGGUGAUCGGUCACUCUUGUCUCCAAUGGCCACCAGGCAACUGAUUCACUCAAAAUCACUACCUUCCUUGCAUUCCGCCAAUCGUAAUUCCCCCUCUUCGCCAUCAACAAUCUAUUCACCGUCGCGCGUGAUGAAUCUAAGAAAUAGCAACAGUAGUGGUGGUACCUUUGGAACUUCUUUUAACAGCGGCUCACCUUCGACACCGGAUAAACAUUAUGACGUCGAUUAUGAGGCGGAUGACGAUUCCCUUAAACCCUCCAGCAGUGUUUACCCAGGUUUGUCUCAUCAUUAUGGUGAUUAUGAUGUGCAAGGUUUCAGAGAGUCCUCAGGAUCUGGGACAACUGUCAGUCAAUUUAGCACAUCUUCCUCCGGGGCUCAGAUCGUGAAUGUGGUAAUCGAAUCGCAGGUCAAGCUUCCGUUACGCAAUGCCGUGGCGCCGCCAAAACCUCAACCGCCGCCAUUGUCCCUAACCGAUACCCUAAUAGCAUCGGGACAAUCCGACAUUGCUCAUCAGGUGAUGGCCAUAAGACGAGCUCAGAAUUCCGGUCACAACAAUCCUAAUCUGACAUCAAAAAAUCCUUUGUCCAAACGUUCAAAACAAAAGAUUUUUUCUGCAAAGACCAUUUCAGGUCCUAAAUUGAUUUCCUCUUCGUCAAACGUUAAAUCCGUUCCCAUAGUGACCUUAGGAAACGAGGAUGAUAAGAGUGAUAAGUUCCGUAGGAAGUUUUCUUUGCGAGAGAAUGAAAGUGGCAUUGGAAAAUCGUUGAGAAGGAUCAAAGAUGUGUUCACCAAUGACAAUGAAGAAAAUAGGGGAAGCGUUUUUGGGAGGAGGUCAAAAAAUGGCGACGGGUUAUCGCCAAAUUCUUCCGUAAAGAAAUUACCAAAAAAGUUUGUUUCAGAGGAGGAUUUGAGUCAAUUAUACAUCAAAGAAAAUAAAGGGACGGGAUUUGUGAAACGGCGAGCAUUCAGCACCCGAGAACAUAGGCCGAACGAAUCUCUUCGACGAGACAUUCGUAAUAAUUUAACACUUUUCACCGACGACAAAGCCACGCGAAAUUUGGGAUACGGUGACGAAGGUAGCGUUCAAAAUAGUAUACACAAUUUCUCCACUUCUUCCGAGGAAAAUAUUUCCAUAACCGGUGGUUAUUGGAAUACGGCGAGCGAAUCAGACCUUACUGAGGACUCCGUAUCCAAAAUGGCCAAACCAAGGAAAGUUGCGGACGAACGUCAACCGAUGUAUGAUAUUGAUGCUUUGAAAAGACACAUGGAGAGUGUGACCAGUUAUUCGAGUAAAAAGAAAGAUCAAUAUAUAUCUCGUCAGGAUUCAAUAUCGGCCUCAGAUCCUUCCUCCACGACCAAGAAAUCGUCCCGAGAUCCUCUCAUGAGCGAAAUUCGAGAGGAAGAAAUUGGCCAAUUGAAUUCGGCACGCCCGUCGGAUAAUCCACGAAUUCCCACACCCAAACUUAAAGUCGACAUACCAACCGAAUCAACGCAGUCUUUGCAGUCGCCACCGGCGCAAUCUGCAAAUAGCGACAGCCGAUGGGGAAUAACGGGUUCAGAAAGUAAUCCAAAUAGUCCCCUUUCUUCAUACAGCCCUGUAAGUACAACCUCAAGUUCACCACCACCAAUAUUACCGCGCAAUCCACUGAGAAAUUCAAACGAAAAGAAUCGACAAUUGCUCAAUCGAACGAUAUCCUUGAACCGAAAUGGUUCUAUAGCAAGUAGUAGUACUUCGGGUAGUGAUGAACGAAGGGACUCUAGGGAUUCCAGAACCUCCUCAAAUAGCAAAAGUAGCGAUAUCAAUCUUUUACAGGUGCCCUCAUUACGCACCUCGAUUACCGAGGAGACAGUAGAGAAUCAGAAUGGAUCUACCGCCGUCACACCAAGGAAACAAAAGAACAAGGUCGUACGUCGAACCAUCAUAAUAACGAAACCAAAUCUUCCACCAUUACCUGAAGUCGAAACCUCAAGUGCCGACACUCCUUCUCCACCCACUACCAAAAUUGUAAAUCUUAAGUCAACAAAAACGAAGUUCGAAGGCAUCUUUCGCCUCGGGAAUCCUGACGAUGCCAAUGUCUCAACGAAUAGAUCGAGUGAUUCGAUCGAUGCAACUAAUGAUUCUAUUGGAAUAGUUGAAUCCAAGAACGUAAGGAAGUCAAGCGACUCAAGUAAUCAAUUAAGCGUUCCGUCAGCAAGAACUUCUUUGAGUCGGCCACCAACACCAAUUCCAUCACUGAGCAUACGAGAGUCCGUGAUAGAACCUCCAUAUGGAAUACCAAUACCACCUAUACCCUUACCACACCGACUAAGCGUAGCGUCAAAACGCGCAAGCAGAUCGAGCACCAUCUCGGCACACUCAACAUCAAGUAAAUACCGAAAAUCUGUGGGCGGAAAAAGCGUUCACAGUUCUUACGGGGAAAGUUUGUUUGAUUACUAUAAUUAUUCCGAUCAGGAAGGCGCGGAUGAUGAAGGUGAGGAGAAUAGGGAUGUCAAACGAAAAACCGGUGCCAUAGAUUCAUCACAAUGGAGCAUCAUUCGUGAUAAAGAAUUUGACGAAGAUGAUUUAACACCUGAGGCAGCUAGUUUCACGAUGCCGAUGAAAGAUGAACAUUUGUUAGCAGAUCAACAACUUGUGGAGGUUUUGGAGAUGGAAGAUGGAUCGUUUGUUUGGCAAGUGGUAAACGGACUACGCGGUGAAGAUCGAUUUAGUUAUUACUAUGACGGCAGUGGUGAUGAGAAUCAACUGCGAUCACAAGAACUUUAUGGCGAGCGAGAUUUUAUGGAUUACGACGAGGAGGACGAAGACUAUCAUACUUAUGGUGGUGUGUUACCAAGUCCACUACACCUACCCGGA